AUUGUGUGUCAAAAUUAUUUCUAAAUUAUCAGUGUUUUUCCAAAUUUUCGUAAUUUAUCCCAAACAGAUUUUAUAAAAAAACUAAAGCUAUUAAGGUUCACGUGUAGUGAGUUCAAGAAUGUCGAUGUGCACCAAAACCAAAAAUGGAAAUCGUGAUAAUAUUUACAAAGUAAAAUCCUUGGAUCCAAAAAUACAAAAUCUGAUCAACGUAGCUACAGAAGCAAGACUCAAUGCCUACGCACCUUACAGUAACUUUAAGGUGGGAGCCAGUGUGAUGUGCGAUGAUGGAACCAUAUUCUCAGGCUGCAAUGUAGAGAACAGCUCAUUCACAGUAGGCCUAUGCGCAGAACGAUGCGCCUAUGUAAAAGCCAUCAGCGAAGGAAAAAUUAAGUUCAAGGCGGUAGUCGUAGUGGCGCAUCAAGAAAAUUCAUACACCACUCCAUGUGGAGCUUGUCGACAGUUCAUGAGCGAAUUCGGGAAUAUAGAGGUCUACAUGACGAAGCCCAGCAGUAGCGAUGUUUUAGUUUUAAGUUUAGAUCAAUUGUUACCAUAUCAGUUUGAGACUGUGGAUCAUACUUUUAUUUAGAAGGUAUUUUUAUUCGGGGCGAGAUUUUGAAAGGUAUUUUUUAGUAUCAAUACCACUUACAUAUCUUUCUGUCUAUACUUUUGAUCUUUUAUUAAUUAUUUUAAUAAAACAAUAAUUUAAUA